AUGAACAGCUCGGGCAUCUACAGGAAGGUGAGAGAGGUGAUUGACUUGGAUAGUCGCUACUACCUGGUGGGAGGAGACUAUCCACGUUGCAACAAGUGCGCUCUGCCGGUCUGCCCAUGGAGCCAGGACAUCCUCUCGCAGCUGGAUGUAGCCCACAGGAGCAUGUUUCCCGCUGUCCUCACUACACACCUGGCUCUGGACAGGAAAUGUAUGACCUUCCUGAAGCCGAGGACCAGCGGAAACAGCUCCUCCUACUUCCAAGCGGCAAUAGAGGAAGUGCACAGCGAGGAGUGGGCACGUCAGGCCAUCCGAUACCUCUCGGACUGUGAGAGCCAUCAGAAGAUGGCCACCUUUGUCCCCUCUGCAGCUGCCUAUCCUCCUCCACUGCCCUUUAGGCCCCUUCCACUUGCUCAGUGGUUUGAGACUGUCCACUCCAACGACAUCCUCAGCCAUCUGGAGGAAAUGAAGGGAGUCAUCACUUCUACCUAUGGUAGAAUUCUUAAGAUGGAUUCGACCAAGAAGGUCACCAAGAAGCUGGCUGGUGGAAUAUGGGGCAGCGCUGCAUGGAUGACAAACAUCGGUAACGAGUUUGGGCAGGUUCUGAACUCUGUUCUGACGACGGGUGAAGGUGCAGGGUUGGAAGAGCUGUGCCAGGGCAUUGUCACCCGUUAUAAGAACGUGGGCAAAGAUGAACCUGAGGUCAUCUAUGUGGACCGGGACUGCUGCAGCCAGUCAGGUGUGUCUUCUGUGACCAAACUGUUCCAUCCAUGGAGCCACGACUCCGUGAAGCUGAUCAAGUUCGCGGACGACACCACCCUCAUUGGACUCAUCUCCAACAACGAUGAGUCCGCCUACAGGAGGGAGGUGGACCGGCUGGUGUCCUGGUGCAGUGGUAACAACCUGGAGCUGAACGCCCAGAAGACAGUGGAGAUGAUUGUGGACUUCAGGAAGAGCACUGUCCCCCCGCCCCCACCCUCCGUGAUGGACUCCCCCAUCACCUCUGUGGAGUCCUUCCGUUUCCUGGGCACCACCAUCACCCAGGACCUCAAGUGGGAGCCGACCAUCAGCUCCCUCAUCAAGAAGGCCCAGCAGAGGAUGUACUUCCUGCGGCAGCUCAGGAAAGCCAAGCUGCCUGCACAGAUGUUGGUGCAGUUCUACACGGCCAUCAUCGAGUCCAUCCUCACCUCCUCCAUCACCGUGUGGUUCGCUGGAGCCACACUCUCCUCCUGCAUUUUUGAAUGGGACCAGGAGGAUGUGCAAGGCCUGAAGGAGGCCAAGAGAGGGGAGUGGAAGAGCAGCCACAGUGGACAUGAGCCCCCGGAGGAGCAGCUCUUGGCAACCAUCACCUCAGGGGAACAGAGGAGACACUGCAGGAGGAGGUCACGUGGCGUGGAGGACAUACGGCGCAUGAUUUCAGGGCUGCUGGAGUCAGUGUGGGAGCUCACUGACACCAUAGGGCUGCGUUUGGUGAACCAUGACACCAUGCACCAUGUGUGGGAGGUGCUGCAGAAGCACCUGGAGUGCCUCCAAGACCCUCCUGGUCUAAAGCUCUACACCAAGGUGGGGACACUCCAUAAGGGCGGCAAAGAGCUGGACGUCCUUAGGUGUGGCAGGGGGUCCUCCUCCCUGGAGAGUUUUCACCGACACCAGUGCGCUUUUAUCCCAGGCUGGCGGUGCAAUGCAUCUCAUAUGCAUAUGUACAUGCUGGAGGGGCUAUCCAGGUGGAACAUGGCUCGGGCCAAGGAGGCAGUAGCUGUGGAGGGGGCCUCGGCUCUACGGAGUUUUGACGUCCGCCUGAUGUCCCACCUUAACAGCCUGAGCCAGCGUGUCCUUGGUUGUGCUCUAGUGCCAGAGCUUACCCCUCCUGGGAAACCCACUGACGAGCGCACGGCGGUGGAGUAUUUAUUGGGCCAGACCAACAGAGGGGACCUGCUUGCUCCUGCCCCUGCCCCUGAAAACCCCUCACAGGUGCUUGAGGAGGAGGAGGAGGAGGAGGCAUAUGCCCCCAUACACAUGCCAGAGCUAUUGGCUGGUGAUGCGAGGGACCAGUUGUUGGAGGGGGACACUGAACCCACUGAACCUGUCACACCCAAGACCAGCCAAUGUGACUCCAGAGGUGUUGUGGGAUGGGAGAGUGUGGACGCCCUGGCAGCCUAUCUCGUUGGCCUGAACCGCACCACCACUGCUUUGUCAGCCAAGGAGGAGGCAGACAUAGUCCGUCUGUACACAGCUCUCCAUGACAUGGACAAGAGACCUUCAAGACUGUACAUGACUCAUGGCCAAGCAGCUCAGGACCCUGAAGCAAACAGAGUCAGUGAGUGUGUUUGCCUCAGACUGGCCAAAGAGUUUGAUCAGGCACGCAACAGGCCAAAGGACGUAAAGGGCAAGACCAUGCCCAUCCCACAGUCCAUCGUCAGUGUCUACAGCCACCUCAGACAGCUGCUGGAGGACAGCAGGGUGGUCCUGGGUCAGACCAACGUGGUGCUGGUACCAGUCAACAACACCACUGUCUCCUCAUGGCUGCUCAGGAGGGACAAGAGGAAGGACAGGGACAUGCUUCUGCAGGGCACUGUUCUUCCAAAACAGCUGCACCAGGCCAAGGAGCCUCUGCCCUCAGUGAGCACUCUCCCUGCUGCCCCUGAACCACAUGCUCAGGAGAUGACUUUUGAAGAGCCUGAGAAUCGUGAGGGAGAAGCUUUCCCCCGCCAGCGAAAUGUUGCAGGACCCAGCCAACCUCCAAGGCAGCGUGCAUGGAGGCUGAAUAAAGCUGCCCAGGAGGAUGAGCAGCGAGCAUUAAGGGGCGAACCACCGAAGAAGAGGUUGGCCAAAGAAAAGUACCACUACACCUGCAAGCAGUGUGGUGAGGACAAGAGCAAGACCACAGGACACACGCAGGUGAAGGGGCGGGGGUACUGUCCGGCCUCAGGUCUGACCCUGGAAGACUGGAGGAGGAGCCUCAACUGA